CAUGUACAUGUACUAACUUAUUACUAUCUUUGAUAUACAUGUAUACACUGUAUAGCUUCAUACAUCUAUGCUGCGCACGUUGUGCAGCAGUGCGCAUAUAAAUAACGCCCUAGCUACGCCCUCAUAUUCGUACGUGAAGCGAUACUCAUAUUGUAUUACUGGGCUUGUGCACAAGCAGCCAUUAUUUCCCAAAAGAGGUUCCUGUCCUUACUUGGAGGUCAAUUGCCGGCGCGGCCAGCGCAGCUGACCCUGAUUGUAUAUUAGAAUCAAUGGUAUGGUCCGUUGCGCAGCCUUAGAUUCAGUAUGCAUGAGUGUAAAGAGGCAUAAAUCACAUUCACAAAGCCACUACCAUGAGUACACAACUGACAAUCGCGUAGGCAGGGCUACGUAGGUUCAAGGUAGGUUUGAUCGGACACGUGUGGCGGUGGGCUUGGCCUGAAGGCUACACCUGUAGUUUUACAUACCUGUGGUGAGGGUCGUUAAAAUCAGUACCAUUGUCCAUACAUUGCCAGUGAAGUGGAAACUGCUGCAGCUGUAGGCUUAUCUCAGUAUCUGCUUAUUGCUGAUACUACUACUAGAUGAGCCAAUAGAGAAAGACAAGAUGGAAAAUUUCGAUGCACGGCAGCUGCAAAGUCUCUGCAAUGAUGUGGAGCACUACAUUCUGUGCACCCAGCAGUAUGAGAAGCGUGUGGCCUGGCUCCCGGACUACAUGAAGUGGGUCAACAGGUAUCUGGCACAUCAGGUGCUUGACAAGCUGGAUGUUACUUUGCUAGAGGGGGAAUCUCUCAGGCUCCUCGGUGUCGGAAGUGGGGAAGGAGCCGUUGAGUACCAGCUCUUGUCCCAUAUUCUCACUAAGCAUCCCAGCAUCCACAACACUGUUGUGGAGCCCAGCCAGACCCAAGUGGACAUGUAUAAGGACCUCAUCAAGGCAAAGGCGGCAGAGUUGGAUGGGGUCAAGUACGACUGGCACCUGCAGACGCUCGGAGAGUACCAGCACCACAGUGAGAUGUCUUGGGAUAAAACUAAGUUUCAUUUCAUAAGUGCACUGUACUGCCUGUACUACGAGCCAGAUUUAGAUGGCGCCCUGGCAUAUCUUUACAGCAGACUAGAGCCAGGAGGAAUCCUGCUUGUUGGAAUGGAAACCGAGAACUGUGACAUGAUAAAGAUUGAGAAGCAAUUCCAGUUUGCUCAAGAUGAAGUGAACCCCCUCUUUUGCACUGAACAUGUCUGCACCUUCUUCAAGAAGCACAACAUCCCAUACGUCAUCUGCAACCAGCCUGAUGACCAGCGCGACUUUGACAUCACUGACUGCUUCGAUGACACAUCUGACGAGGGCAGCCUGGUGCUGGACUUCCUUUCCAACGUCCUUCACUUCCGUCAGAGCGUCCCCCCGGCUGUGCUGAAGGAGUUCCGUGAUUAUUUGAAGAGCCUUGUGACUGUCCGGGAUGGAAAGGUAUUCCUGUUCUACGAUUCAGCUUAUAUUCUGGGCAUAAAGAACAAAGUUCCAGCCGUGUCCAAUGCCUCAUGCCUCUGACAUGGGAAAAAGAGCAUUGGAAUCAUUUUACUCAAAUGUUAGUUUUUUUACUCUUUCUGGAAUGUAUAGAGUACCAAAGUGAAUGUACGUCACAUGCACAGUUAUGUGUGUAAAAAGGCAUUAACGUUAGAACCAGAGCCUGAACUUCUACACGUGCCUACUCCACUCGUUUGCACUAUACUUCCUGGUUCAGAUGAUGUCAUGCUUCAGUAUUAACCGUGUCUUUUAAGAUCACUCGCAUUUUGUGCUCUUGAAUCAUUUUCUCAGGACAGUAGUGUAGAUAUAUAACUUUGAACACAUAGUAUGUGUGUGUCCCGCAUAAGACAAGGCUGAAGGCCAAGUGAUGUGUGGGAUUCACUCUUGUAAAAUUGCACAUCAUUAAUCAAGCAAACCUGUCUCACUCGCAGUGAAUCAUACAACUCUGAAUUGUGUCACACUAGGGGCACAAUAUACGUAUGUACAUGUACUUACCCUUGGAGCUGCAUAACACAUGGAGUAUGACAUCAACUGUGGCUAAUAGAUAUAUUGCAUGAUUUGUUGCCAUGGGUUGACCAAAAAAAUCAGGAUUAAGGACUGAAGGUUAUGUGGAAAUGUACAGCGUGUCCCUUUGAAGAUUGUGCUAACAGAUUUUGUCUAUUUUAAACAUAGUGACCACUGGUGGUAUUUAUUUGUUUUUAAAGAGGACACUCGUGGCUUGAUGAUGCUUUUUAUUUCAUUCAUAUUCGCUUAGGGCGAUGAAGAGCCAUGCCUCCGUAAACACAGGAAAUUAAUAGUGAGCUUGUGACACUUUCAAGUCUGAUCACGAGAUUUAACUGAAAUUGUUAAAAAGGUGCAUUUCUUCAUUGCAGUUUGGUUUUCAUACAAAAACCCUGAACAUUUUUAUACACAUACAUACAUGCGUUUGACCUUGCCAAAUUGUCUAUAACAUCAAGUUUCAACUCGUUUAAACAUCCUGGAGGUUGAGUUAUAUGUAUUAGAAUGCAAAUAUACAAAAAAUAAUAUAGAAAGUUCACAGGAGAAAUACACAUUAGAGAAUCUAGUCGAGGUAACAUAGUUUUUGUUUUCACAAUCCUGCAUGCGCAUUCAUUUUCAAUUAAUCUAACCUAACCUCUGAAAUUGUACAUGUGUAAACUCUUUAUCAAUGUUUACAUUUUGUGCUGUUUGUACAUGUAUGUACAUAAUGUGCUAUGAAGUUGACAAAUGCCACCGUGCUAUCAAUAUGUUACAUCUCAGGACUACUGGUAUACAACUGUUCACAUUCAAUCAUGUACAAUGAAGCACUUGUAUCGUAAAAUACACACAUAUACACAAACUGCAUGUAGUUCAAACCAUAAGAGUUACUAUGACCUGACUGAGACCUGAUGAUGACUCCAUGGCUUAUAGUCUGGUGCCAUGCAACAUUUCUUCAAGCUCCUGGAGUGAGUGUGAGAGUAAUUUGGAGGUGUAACUCGAUAACAUUUCCUUGACAGUGAUAAAUGAACACCCCUGUUGCACACUUUGUGGUUGUGAGACCCAACAAACACACAACCUGUGUUUCCACUUAAAAAGAAAAUCACAUAGGAACUGUGUCGUUGUUUAUUAGAAAAAAUUGCAACAAAAAUGGGCCAGUCCCUUGCCUAAUUUUUUUUCUUUCCUGCACAAGUUUAGAAAAAGCCCUAUGUUCUGUUCUCAAACAGACAUACAUGUACUUGUAGAUCUCUAGUUUGAUAUUUAUUUUUUAAAGCCGGUUGGCUCAAAAUAUUGGCUUGCUCUAGGGAGUUUUUAUUUACCCACCACCAUCUGUUUUCUGAAUAUAGACAUUCUGUAACUACUCAACCAGUGAAUCUGCUGGUAGGAUAUGUUAUAUGAAUAUGUACAUGUUAUGUACACUACCAAAUACGACUUUGUCAGCUGUUAACUGGUACAAAUGAUACUAAAUUUUCUUGGCUUCUGAGAUGUUAAGUUUACAUACAUGUACAUGUAUGUAUUCAGGCUUUGCUCUUACAUGUGCUGUACAUAUUGAAUAUACUGCGAUGUCAGUAAAAGGGCAAAAAUUGAUAUGUAAUGUUAGAAAUCAGUAUGCAAAUAAAAAACAAUUGACUUUCGUCCCGAACAAACAUCAAGAACCAACUCAAAAACAAAAAUUACCCUCCCAUCUGCUAUAUUUUUUUAUAUGUCAUAGGAAACCACAACACAAUGCACGCAAUAUAAAUACAUGUAUAUCCCACUGUGUAGAUGAAGGAUUUCUUGUACAGGUUUCUGUUUCUUUGGAUUGAAAAACAGCAACUAAAGGAUUAAGUGUGCUAAACCCCCAAAUUUUAAAUGUCUCUCUUACAGGGAUCAAUUGUAUAUUUCCUUAUUUUUUUUAGAAAUAUGCGGCAAUACCACUACAUGGUUCCAUUAUUUCUAUUGAAGCAUUCAUUGGAGGAUUUGUAGUGUUUAAUAUCUAUGACAGCUUACCUAUUCCCAUUGGUCGAGAGCCCAUCACAUGGUGUGGCCAGUCUGAAACGGUCAACAAAACACCAGCCGGCAACGAAAGUGGCCCUGAAAAAAGACUUACACAUAUGUGUAUUCCUGUGCUACAUUGCAUUAGUGCUUGGAGUGAUGCCACUAUCUUGAAAUGUACAUGUAUUUAUGUUAAUCAAAAAAGCUUAUUUGUUUUGAAGCCCAGGAAAUAGGAGUAAGAAAAUAGUUGUUUUUAAAAUCAUUUUAAAUUAAUUGUAAUUUAAAACUAUUUAGAAAGAGCUUCUCGACCAAGUCUAAAAACUUUAUGUAAAGCAUGAAACCUUGUAGCAAUAUAUAUGUAUAGUGAUAUAAACCUUUCUUAUGCUACAUACAUGCAACAAGUGCCAUUUUUAUGGCUGGCUGUAUUUAUACAAAAACACCACCAGAAUAAUUUAUAAACUAUUAAAGACCCUUAUGCAAAUAUUCAAAUAUUAACUACAUGUAGUAAAUGCUGUUAUUGAGUGCUAAACGAAAAUACCUCCACUUAUAACACCAGUAAUGCCAAAUGGGUAUUUGAGGCAGAAAUUCAUGCCAAGAAUGUAUUUCCUGAAAACCUUGGAUGUCCAUAAAAAAUGGCGGUCAGUGUUUAACAGAAGAAAGGCUUAUUCUGUUUAAUGUACAUGUACGUCCUGUUAGAAAUAUAAGUUACUUAAAUUAUAAAAGUAAGUCAUUUCAAAAAUUCACACCCGUCAGGUUAAAUUUGAUUAUGUGUUCUUGUAGAAGUGUUGUUUUGGUUGUCAUUGAAAGGAAAAGAAUUUUCAGGUGUUGAUAAAUUUCAAACUGUUUGCUUUUGGGGCCAUUAUA